ACGCUGUGACAAAGAGAAUCAGCGCUCGUCGUGACGGAGCGGCGCGGGCCGCCAUUUCAAAGCCGAGGAAACGCGGGAGCCUUCGCGCUGUAACCGACGGAUGCGUGUUUUAUACAAUACACCGAAUUAAGUUCUGUAUUUUUAAGGCUCGUUGUUUAGAAGAACUCUCAGUCUCGUAAGAUGGAUGGCGACACAGAGCAGGUGGAGGAGACGACAGAAGUGAUGGAGGCCACAGAGACGCCCUCAAAUGAAGAACCUUCAGCUGACAGCAAGAUCAGGGGUCGUGGAGGGAAGAUCCGCGGCAGAGGAGGCCGGAUGCCCCGUGGGUUCCGUGGAGGACGUGGGAUGAUGAUGAUGAUGAAAGGGUUUCCACCAGGUCCUAUGAGAGGAAGAGGCCGCGACGGGUUCACAAACGGAUUCGGACCCAUGAGGAGAGGUAUGGGGCGUAUGUGGCCGUAUCCAGACAUGCGCGGCCGACGAGCUCGAGGCGGACCAAGGGGAAUGAACCUGGGUCCACCGGGUCCACCGCCUCCACCUCCUCCCCCCAUGCACAUGAGAGGACCUCCACCACACAUGCACAGGCAUGGCCCGCCUCCUCCACCGCCCCCUCCGGGACACCCGGCGUUCCGAGGGCGACCGCCACACCCCAGGGGGCGGGGCAUGAUGCCGCCCGGCCCGCCUCGCUUCUUCCACCCCAGGGGGAGCAGCAAGCCUCUGUGUUCCUCUGAAGGGCUCUUCUGCUGCUUUCACUCUGGACUGACUCUUCUUGUCUCCUGAAGGGGUGAGACACCCUUCUGAAGGCAGCCGGACUCGCAGGAGGCCCCGCCCACCGCCGUGAAGCUCCGCCCCGUAACCGAGGUGAGCUGCAUCUCUCUGCUCUGGACUCAUCUGUCAAUCACACUGUAACCGUGAGAACAGAACCCUUCAGGCACAAAGAUCUGCAUCCACGCAUUGCAGACAAAAAUAAUUUUGUACGCAUUGAUUUUGUUAAAAAAGGUUAUGCAUAACGCAUUAUAAUCAUUAUACAUAGGUUUUAUUUUUUAAAAUGUCUUAGUUUUUAUGAUUUUUUUUUUAUUUCAGUUUUUUAUUUAUAAAUAUUUUAUACUACUUGAGAAACAUUGAAUGGGCAACUAAUUGAAAUAGUUUCAUGGUUUUUAAUGGCUAUACAGUUUUUAUUUCAGCUUUUACAUUUAAUUAUUUUGUAUUGUCUUUAUAUUUUUAUUAUUAUUAUUAUUUUAUAUAUUUGAGCAAAACUCAGUCAAAAUGAGGUUUUGUCCUGGCAUCAAAAACUAACACUAGCUCCUCUAUUCUCUGUAUUCUAUACAGAUAUAUUUUCUUUUUAAUUAUUAUAUGAUUAACAAAAAUCAAAGAAGGCCUCAAAUAAACUAGCUUGCUGUUUUCUUUUUCUAGUCUAUCGGUUUUAUUUUUAUUAAUUAUAAAAACCCUAGUUUGGAAGUCACUUUGGGAAAAAAAAGCAUAUUUUUAUUCCAGUUCAAGUUUAACUAUGAUAAUAACAUGUCUUUUCAUAAAUAAUUGCGAUUUGAAAUGCACUAUAAUAUUUGCAGGCAAUAAUAUUAAUAUUUGCAUUAUAACAUUAAAUCAGAAAUUGUGUUUUUGUCGUGUUUUAAUGCAUUCAGUUUUCUAAAAGUGCAACAGUGAAUAGACAAGUAUAAUUGUGCUCCUAGUUAUUCAUGUUACAAGGCAUAGUUAAUUAAAUCCUGUUUAAUGCACUACACAUAAAGGCUAGUUUCAGUUUUUAAGUAAAGGAGAAGCAUCCAAGGAUGCACUUCAGUUUUUGGGUCGCCACAUAACUUGCACACUCUGGAUAAUUUAUGUAUUUAUUUAUUGAUGCAUUUCUACACAAAGAAGAUUUGCCAAUCUAAUAUCUGAGGCACGUUCAGUAUAGUGUGAGUAUCGUGUGCUUCUCCAGACGACUGAAGAGCUGCAGAGUAACUCAGAGAUCAUCUUCUGCUGCUGCUCAGGUGAGACUCCAGGUCUCCAGAGAUCAUGUUUUCAUUCUGUUCAGACUGAGGCUUCUCAGAGGAGGAGUGUGUCUGACGCUGUGCUGUCUUCUGUGUGUGUGUGUGUGUGUGUGAGAGCAGGGAGUCUCUUCAGAGGAAUGUCUCGUUUGGUGACGCACACGAGGAGCUGUGAGUAACACACUGACAUCUACACACACAUCUUUACUCCACUCCUGCAUUAAAGGAAGCACGUCUCUGCA